AUGAUCUCCAGCGAAGCGUCCUUUUCGCGUUGGACAGCUUGGGCUCAAGUCCUGGCUGGACACCUGAUAAUCUUCGAUACUUUUGGGUACAUUGGUUCGUGGGGUUUCUUUGAAUCCUACUAUGAGAAACCCCUCAAUGCCUCAUUGUCAUCCAUCUCAUGGAUAGGAUCUGUUCAGAUCUUCCUCGUGUACUUCAUCGGCACUUUUUCUGGUCGAGCUCUAGAUGCAGGAUACCUGAAGACUACGGUUGCUCUUGGCUGCUUCUGCCAGGUGCUGGGAAUAUUUAUGACCUCGUGUGCGAAGAGCUAUGCAUUUCUGUUCUUAAGUCAGGGAGUUUUGGUGGGCAUUGGGAAUGGGUUGGCCUUUUGUCCAAUGAUCAGUCUCAUUUCGACGUACUAUACGAACAAGUCGAGGGCGUUAGCAGUCUCAUUCGCAGCUGCCGGCGCUGCCACUGGCGGCAUUAUAUUCCCCAUCAUUGCUAGGAAUAUGCUCGGAGGACCCGGUAUUGGAUGGACACUCAGAGUCAUGGGCUUCGUGUUUCUCUCGAAUUCGGUCGUCGCCAUCUCUCUUCUGAGAGUACAUGUCAAACCUCGAAAGUCCGGCCCAUUGAUAGAAUGGGCAGCAUUCAGAGAACUUCCCUAUUUGCUAUUCUGUCUAGGAACCUUUCUGGCACUAUGGGGCGUGUACUUUGCGUAUUACUAUAUCUCCGUGUUUGGCAAGACAAUCAUCCAGGUCCCGCCGGACCAGCUUUUCUAUCUGAUCAUGGCGCUCAAUGGUAUUGGAAUAUUUGGGCGCGUCUUGCCGGCAUGGCUCGUUACCCGUGUUCCUGGGGUUCUUUAUAUCCUCAUUCCGAUGUCCUUCAUGGCUGGCCUGAUGUUAUACCUCUGGGCACUAGUCACUAGUAAAGACGAACUCAUCAUCUGGAUAGUGUUCUAUGGUUUCUUUGCCAAUGCCGUACAGGGCUUAUUCGUCGGUGGUGUAGGUAGCCUUACAAAAGAUAAGCAGAAAAUGGGCGUUAGGAUAGGAAUGGUGUUUACAAUAGUCAGCUUCGCAAGUUUGACUGGUCCACCCAUUGCAGGCGCGUUGAUUGAUGCUCGAGACGGAAAUUUCCUGUAUGCUCAAAUCUUUGGUGGAACUGUGAUGGUGUGUAGUUCAUCUGCUUUGAUUAUGGCAGCCAUUUCAAAAAGGAAGGCGGAUCUGGAGUCAUGA